UGUGCAAUGUUUUCAUUGAACUGUCAACUGGAUCAGUAGCCAACACAGCUGCUGAAGUUUUGCUAUUUGAGAAUUUUACACAAGAAUUUCAUUAAUUUCACGCAAAAGGAAUUGUUAAAAUGGUGAUACAACAAUUGAAAGCAGUGGUGCUAAGCAUUAUCAAGUUAUUUAGGCGUAUGAUGUGUUGUUUUUCAUUUGGGCGACGGCGUAAACCCAGCUUUUCCGAACCAAUGGAAAUAAAAAUAGUUGUUGACGGGGGACAAGCGACACUACCGGUGGGGGCGCAGUCGCCGAAUUCUACACGGUUAACACAAACAACACAACACGUGGAUAGAGACUGGAACACUUGGGAUGAUAGUCCGCGUACGGUCACAGAGCAUAUAGAACAGUAUCGGCAGAGGCUAGCCAAACCGCCAACGCCACCACCAGCAGAACAAGAACCAGAUUUCUUCACAGAAUUAGCGCCCGUCAUAAAACCACAACCUAAAUAUUACCUCGGUGACGAUAGCGCUGAUAAAGCGAAUUUUUCAAGAUUAAAAGCUACAACCGAUGUGCCAAUCGCAAUGAAUGCUGAUCUUGAAGACUGGGUAGACGAUUCCGUCGAUGGCGGCUGGGAUGAAUUGGACACAGAGCAAACUAAGCAACUGAUACGUGAAAAUCGUCGACAAAUGCGUCAGCAACGUCAACAGAAAACCGCCAAAACUGCCGGAAUUGAAGCCACACAAAUGGCGCGUAGUGCCCAGCAUAGUCGUACAUAGUAUAGGUGGUCAUCACGGGAUCACUAUGAUAACUAUGAAUUGCAUAUACUGACAUAGGGAACUCGAGUACAAUUUGAGUGUAUGUUUUUUUUAUUUUUAAUUAGUUUAGUUAACGCCGUUGUAAAUACACUAUUGGUAGGUGUAAACACAGCGACACACACAAACACACCACUAAACGCAAUAUAAAAGUGCAAGUGUGAUUCUGAUUUUAUGACUGCUUAUUAUUGUUAUAGUAAAUUUAUGCAUAAGGAAUUGUAAUAUAAAAAAAUUGAUAAAUUACAUUCCUAAAUAAAGUGCAAUUUUUAUUUAUUUACGAAAAAUAA